CUGGUCUACCAUAAUGUCACGAAAGCUUCAUAUCAUUAAGAAACUUAACGGGAAUUUGUGUUUUGGAAGCAUUAUAUGUUAAACACAAUACUUAUCUCUUAAAAUACACACAAUUUGCGGUCAAUAUAACAAUGUGUGACUGCUGUAAAUACCAUAGGUUAGCCGUUAGCAACUCCGUCGUAUAGUUGACCGAACUUCUAGUUUGCACCGUGUCAGCUGUUGCUGAUGAUACGAAGGUUAAGGAAUUUGCGAAUAGAAGUUUUCGAGAAGUACUCAUGAUUAUAUUUCAAAAAAGCGCGCUGUAAAUAUGGAAUCCACAGGAGAGUUAGAGGCAGUCACAAUGUGUGAUGAAAUUGACAUCAAAGAGGAACCAGUAUUAACUGAUCCCAACUGGCAAUUGUUUGAAGAAAAUGAACAUAUCUUCAUUAAGGAAGAGAAUGUUAAAUUGGAAACCCCCGAAGAUCCUGAUGCACGUGACCCACUAUGGCUGAAGAAAGAGGAAUCUCCGCCACAAGAAGAAACCAUUUCUCCACCUGACGCAAUACACACAAAAAAAGAACCUGAACUCCAAAAGGAAGUAGAGGCAGCAAGUUGUGGCAUUGAACCAAGAAGGAAUCUACAGGAGAGGCAGAGGCAGUUUCGGCAUACGAUGAAAUUGACAUCAAAGAGGAACCAAUAUCAACUGAACCUGAACUGCAACCGUUUGAACAGAUUUUCAUUAAAGAAGAGAAUAUUGAGUGUCUGCUAGAGGAAGAAACCACUUCUCCACAUGAUGCAACAUACAUGAAAAAAGAAUCCGAGCUCCAAAAUGACGUGGAGUCAACAAGCUAUGGCAGUGAACCAGAAAGGGGAAGAGACAAAAACUUUGUGGCUUAAGCUGAGAGGCAGCGACGACAGCUGAAAUAUAUGAAAAGCGGAGCUGCUGCUGAGAACAUCAAGCCACGGAGAUAUCAAAACCAGGUGCCGUUUCUUGAACCUGUUAUGUCAGCUGGUCCACGUGGUAAUAAUAUAAGUGGUGGCAGCGAUCACAGCUCACAAGUUGUAACUAAUACAUCAGCGAGAAAGGAAUUAGAAGAUAACAACUCACUCGACAAUGAGGGGAAUGAGCAAAGUCAAGAUAUUAAUAACGACGACAGCAAUGAAGUAUCUACUAGGAGCCUAGGAACAGAGUGCAUAACACAUCACACCGCUACUUCAAGUCCAGUUAUUCAAAGAAAUCAAUCAAGAAAAAGAAAACAGGAAGACGUUGUAAUUCUGCUAAAACAAUCUAUGCAACAGCGUGAGGACAGAGCACGACAAAGGGUAGAAGAAAGAAGAGCAUUGGAGUCAAACUAUAUCAAAGAUAAUCCUCUUUACAAUUUUUUCGUAUCUGUGUAUCAGCUGACAAAAAACAUGCCUCAAAGUUACGAGCACAUAAUCGGAGGUCAACUUUUCCAGGCUGUGUCACUUGUGGAAGAAGAAAUAAUUAACGUAAGGAGCCAGACACCUUCGAUGUCAUCUUCUUAAAAUAAUUCAGCGUCAAACAAUACAGAACCUUUUUCUCAUCCUUCAUCGCCAUAUAUAUCGACAGAUUCUGACCAACAGACAGCGUCUCACUAUUCAGAACAGCAACAGGUGGAAGGUUUGAAAGUCGACACAACUGAAUCCGGUGUGUCUCAUCUCACUGACUUUGUUCUCCGUUUUCAAGAAAUCUGAAGGGGCCAUCAUAACUAUACUCGCUUAAGAUUUUAAUUCUUUUUUUAUAUCAGCAUUUUGUAUAUUGUUCGUUUUCUUUUCUGAGUAGUUUUCGUUACACCGAUCCAGAUUUUCAUUAAUUGUAAAUUAACCUUUCUUUGUUUGU